UAGCACAACGAUUCCGAUAACCUGUUUACGCGUUUAGCCUCCAAAUUUUUAAACUCAGAUCUGUUCAAAAUGUUCAAGCGUAAAUUGCAAGCUCUUGGCUUCCCUAAUCCGGAUACUUUAAACACAGCCGAUGAAAAUCAAUUUCGAAGCACAAUCGUGUGGCUGGAAGAUCAAAAAAUCCGCCGUUAUAAGAUUGAAGACAGAGAACUACUUAGAAACACAACUGCUAUACAGUGGAAUCUAGCUUUUGUGCAAUAUAUGACUGACCUUGAUUGCCCUUUCCCAAAAGGAACAAGGCCUGAAAUUUUAGAUUGGCUUCUUGGGCUAGCAGUACAGCUUGAGUACAACGAAAACCCAGAAAGUUACAAUGCUAAUCCAAAGACUCAGGAACCAAUUCAUCAGAAACUGAACCCACUUGACAACUUAGACUUUGAGAGUGACAGUUUCAAAUCUGGAGUCAAUGAUUUGGCUAACAUACUUCAAGUGCCAAGGCAUCCUGAUCAUCUUAUGACAUUAGAAGGUGUUUGUAAUUUGAUCCAAGAAAAGUUCAGCAAAGAUGCCUUGAAAGCCUCUUCAAUAGCACGAGACCUUGGAAAUCCUGUUCAGUUUGAUAACAUCAGCUUUGGCUUGGACUUAAAGUCUCCUAAUGUUAGCAAUGCUGCUAAUCUCCUUCGUUAUCUGUUCAUCCAUGACCUAAGAGAGCUCCAAACCAGAAUUAAUGAAUGUCUUGUAUGUGUACAAGCCUUAACAGCUAAUCCUAAAACUGACACUAAGCUUGGUAAAGUUGGAUAUUGAGUGUAUUUUCUCCUGGCCAAUAUGACACAUUUAUGAAUCUUUUCAACCAU